AUGACAUUUCCAAGAACAAGGCUCAAUGAUUCAGAUGGUGGUGGAAUCGCGAUUGAUUGGCGAAGUGAGCGCUGGUGGUGGAAAUGGCGGGAGCUGAGCAUCGGGGAUGACGGAGCGAAGCAGUACUUACAAGUCAAAGCGCAAUUGGAGCAGGCGGACUCAGAGUCGUGUCGACAGGAGAGGGAUUGGGAGAGGGAUUGGGAGAGGGAUUGGGAGAGGGAUUGGCGGAGGAAGCAAGAUGCACGAAGAGAGGAGCAGAUCAAGUGGAAGAGAUUUCGAUGUACUCCGUACUCCGUAGUUAGUUAUUAUAAGUAUAAUGUUGCUCGUUAA